AUGCCACAUUUUUGGUUUUCUUUCUUUUCACCGCAAAAAAAACGCAAACACUUCAAGUUAGUGCCAACUCAAAUAAUCUGGCAUCAGGAUGACAAGCACCUCAACAUCCGGCAUUUUGCCAACGAUCUCCCCGCCAUCUCCCCUUCUCUCAUGGAUCACCUGAUCCCUAUAUCGAGUCUUGACAUCUCAAAUAUUGAGAACAUUACCUACCACAGCGGAGUGCCUAUAUUCUCCGGUCGCAAGUGGGAACUCAAUAAGAAUGCGAAGAAGCAGAUGCUGAAGCAGAAGCAGGUGCUGGAUACUGGUUCUAAUUUGGGAGACUUGGAGACAGAUCAUGAAGGUUCCUCUGCGUCAGUGGCCCCUGACACCAGUGACCAGACCUCAGGCUGCCGAGAAUACGACCCCAAAAAACCAAACAGAAAGCCAUCCCCGAAGCGGACCGAAGAGCAAAAAUGGGCGCAUCUCUUCAAUACCAUCUACACAGCCAUGCACAUGGCAUACAAGAAGACGUACCCUCAGCACUCGUCUGUAUUCCAUUUUGAGCCUGAAAAUCACAAACACCCGCAUCGACAGUGGUCACUGGAGUUUUGCAAUGCUCCUAUUCCGGAUGCGACCAACGUCCAGAAGCCCAAUGUAGUCCUGCUUGAUCGCAACGUUGAACCGAAAAGCUGGGCACACGUCCUUACAUGCGUUGAGAUCACCGAAUCUGAUCUUGGCAUACACCGCGACAUACCAUUGUUCAAGGGGGCGAUCACCAAAGGUUAUCUCAUGAUGCGAGAACAACCUUGGUGUCGCUUCGUCGUUCUUUUCAGCCUUGCAGCAAACAAUCUCCGUGCCCAUUAUAUGGACCACUCAGGCCUCAUCAUCACACGCCCCAUCUCAAUCAUCGGAAACCUGGCACGUCUUGUCGACAUGCUAAAUACCAUGUCGCUAGUGAACAGCAAAGCCCAUGGUGUGGAUUCCACCAUGCAUAUGUGCGAUGAGUCAUGCAAGCAAACACAAUGUGACGUGGGUGACAAGGCAAUAGGCUGGAUAGAGGACAAGAAGAAGGAGAGGUUAUCGAUAAUCUCCAUCUUGUGGAGAAGUCAGGGUCUUUUCUCCCGCAGAACUAUCUGUUAUCGCGUUUGGGAUCAGCAUGGAUGUGAGUAUGCACUGAAGGAUUGUUGGGUGGAUGAGGCGAAGAAAGAUCACGAAGAAAAGGUUCUUGAGUUGGUUUGGGGCAUUCCUAAUGUAGUUACUCUCGUGGAUGCUUGGGAUGUUGAGUACGAGGGAGAGCCCGACUCCACAUUGCGCAUCCGUAAUCUCCACGGGAGAUUCAGUCCGGGAUUUUGCUCUCACAAGGCAAUGGUGAAAAGGAAUAUCUUACAUGGAGACCUUAGCCCCAAUAACUUCAUUAUCUCUGAUGGACGCGGCUACUUCAUCGAUUUUGACCAUGCCCUGAUCAUUGCGGAAGGCAACACUAGUGUUUGUUCACGGGGCACUACCCCCAGCGAUGAUCUAGAGUCUCUGUUCUACAUUUUCGUCGAUUUUAUUUCCGCAUUCGAUGGGCCCAAAGGCAGUAUAAUACAGCCAAAGCCAGAUUGGUGGGCUGAUCUAUUGGAGGACAUGGGCUCUCGGGCUGUUUCAUAUAAGUCGGGUCUAUUGCUCGUAGGGCGUGACAAAGAGUUGAUGGAACGUACAAUGCUUUACUUUGGGGGACUCAGACAUCUCGUUCAGGAGUGGCGCCUCCAAUUUCUACAAGCAGACAAAGAUGAUAGUGAUAGCGGCAUCACUCCCGAGGAUAUUGAGCGGGUUCUCGACAAAUGGAUCUCUGAUGAGGCUGCUGAUGAACCCCCUCCAGUUGCUCAAGCUUCAUUAUUGAGCCCUACCGACGUCUUAGCUCCUCCAGGCCCUCGUCGUUCGAGCCGGAAGACUGUCCCGGUGAAGAGACCAUAA